AUGGCAACACGAAACGAAUUUGAGCACCGCCAAUCUACUCAGCGCAGGUUGUGCCGAAGCAAGCUAUCGUCUGAGUUUGGACCCAAUCUACACUAUCCAGCCGAUGGAAAUUUCACGGUUUGGGACGCCAAACAAACGGAGGUUGAAUCCGCCUGCCGUGUGGAGCCAUCCAAUCCCCAAGAUGUCAGCAAGAUCCUGAGCAUCCUGGUCGAUCAUUGGUGUCGGUUCGCAGUUAAGGGCGGAGGUCAUGCUCGCAAUCCAGAUGACUCGGUGUCGGUUGGCGGCGUGACCGUCGAUAUGCACUUGAUGAGAUCCAUCCAGGUGGCUCCCCAUCGAAAAACGGUGAAUCUUGGCAGCGGCCACGUCCUUUAUACAAUGUAUCACGGCCUUGAAGCGUUUAAUCUGACCACGAUCGGCGGUCGAGUCGCUGAUGUCGGACUGGGUGGUUAUGCCUUGGGCGGAGGGAUUUCUAACCUUUCACCUAAAUACGGCCUGGCCGUAGACAACAUCUUGGAAUAUGAGAUUGUUCUGCCGAACGCGACGAUUGUGCAUGCGAGUGAACAUCAUAAUCCUGACUUGUACUUUGCACUCCGAGGUGGAAUGAAUAAUUUCGGUAUCGUGACGCGCUAUACCAUGCGCGCAGUGCCUCAAAAAUAUAUUCUGGGCGGCGACAAGACGUACAGCUCAAUCCAGAAGGACAAAAUCGCCAAUGAAGCCUUUGACCUCACCACCACUUGGAAGAACGACACUGAUAUGGCGUUCUCCUAUGGUUACAGCUAUGACCAGGCAUCGGAUCAACUUUCCCUUAGUUUCACGCAUGCAUAUACGCAACCAGUUCUCCACCCAGCUCCCUUUACCCGCCUCGAAAAGAUUCCAUACAAGUCAAGUACGGUGCGCAUUGAUCGAAUGAGUAAUCUGAGUCUAGAAGGCGCUUCUCACACCCCAUCCGGGAGCCGUAAUCUGUUCGCUACCAUGACAUAUCACCCAUCCGCAGACAUGGACCGACGCAUCAUGGAAAUCAUGGCCGAAGAGAUCCAGCCUAUCAAACACGUGGCAGGUUUUUUCCCCAACGUUAUUUUUCAACCUCUCUACGAAGGUGCAAUCCGCGCGGGCCAUGAAAGGGGUGGAAAUGCUCUUGGGAUCAAAGCCGAUGGUCCCCUGACCAUUUGUCUUCUAACAGUGAUGUGGUCUGAUCGGCAAGAUGAUGAUGCUGUGAAUGCAUUUGUCCAAAAGUGGAUUCAACGCGUACAAGCCGCUACUGUACAAGCCGGAAGCCACCAUCACUGGCUUUACAUAAACUACGCGUACCACCAGCAAGACCCUUUCUCUGGAUAUGGCCAACACAACAAACAAAGGCUGAUUGAUGUGCAAAAGGCGAUCGACCAGCGGGGAGUGUUUACCUCUCGAGGUUUGUGUAGAGGUUAUUUCAAGUUGCAGUAG